AUGGCCAUGACGACUGAGGCGCCAGAUCCUCGGACAUUCCAGUCGUGGGAGGAUGCCUUUCAAUACCCGAUUCCAACGGUGCGGAAGCUCGAACAACAGCUCCGCAGCACGGCCGAUGACAAUCGCGACAAGCUAAGGUCGCUCGUAGGUACGAGUUACCGUAACCUCCUCGACACUGCCGAAACGAUUAUCGAUAUGGAAAGUCAGAUGGAACAGGUCGAAUCGAAUCUUGGACGCAUAGGCCAGAACUGUAACUCAAGAGUCUUGGACAGGAUUUCUGGGAACGCGCUCAAGAUGGAUACACAUACAAGAGGCAGUGAUGUCGAGCGGUAUACAUUUGCAUCCCAGCUUUCAGUCCUACGAAAUUCGCCCACAGUCCAAACACGACUCUUGAGGAAGGACGACCAGCACCUGCUCAUCGCAAAGGUCCUCGUAAUCUCUCGACUCGUACACAAGGCUCUCAGUCAAUCGGAGAGUAAACCGCCGAUUGUGGACCAGCUCUGGGAGAAGUUACUCUCAGCGCGCAGGAAACUACUGCGCAGAAUCGAUCGGCAAUUGGCGAGCACAACUGGCGGAUCUGCGAGCUUAGUGGAAAGCAUGUGCGCAUACGCUUUGGCAACGAGCUCUGCACCGUCUGAUGUCUUGAAGCACUUCCACAAAGUGCGCAAAGAAAAGAUGGUGAACGAGAUAAAGAAGGGUGGAGACGAGCUUGCCACGCGGGGCAUCAACGCUCUUCGACUGUGCAUCCAGACUUGCCAGGACACCCAAACGAUCUUUCCUCGGCGUCUGGCUGAAGCUCUCGCGAAGCUAAAGGCGCACCCUUUGAUCCAGGAUUCAGAAGUGCGUGGUCUCUAUGAGUUGAAUUUGGACGUGCAUGACCGUUGGAUUGGCGAUGAAGUGCGGAACUAUACCCCUUGGCCGCGCCACGACGAGCUUCAGCGACCAGAGGCAGAGAAGAUAUUGUACCGUUGGUCGAAAGACACAAUCGCAGCCUUUAUGAAAGAAGUCAAAAUUGCUCUCCAAGAUGAGGUUCGGUUGGCAGAGGUAGCAAGCCUGCGACAGGAGUUGAUCGAGACCUGGAUGUUAUCCGGUCCGCGAAUGACAGGGGUCAAAUUUGCAAACGUCCUGGAUGAUUUGCGUGACACAAUGAACGAAAAGCUGGAGGCGAUUGUGCGAGCGCGUACACAAGCAUUGCAAGGCGUGCUAUCCGAACUUACAGUGGGUCUGGACGCACUGCCUGCUACGGAUGACACACCUGGCAUGUCGCUGUGGAACAAUACAGCAAACGGCAAGGAUUUGAGCAACGGUGCGCAGACUUUUAAAACGACUACACUCAACACGUAUCAGGGACGAGACCAAGCCACUCUUGGUGUGACGGCUGCUUUCGACAAAUGGAUGGAUUCUGUCCUGGAAGUCAAAGGCAUCGUGAAAAGCAUGAAGGAAGCGCGAUGGGAUGAUACUUUUGCAGAUGAUAUUGAGGAAGAUCCAGAUGACGAUCUGGGCGAGUCAAAACAGACACUGCUCAGCGCAGACGAUCCCCGACUGCUGGAGGAUGUCACGCAAGAAGCGCUUGGUGAUUCAUUACAAAAUCUGGGCAAAGGCCUAUCUCAAAUUGCGCAGAGCGUGCCUGAGUAUGGGGAGGAUAUGGCUUUGCGGAGGGCUGUGUUCAUUCUUCGAGUCAUUCGCGAGUUUGGCGAUCGAAUACCGCGUCUGCGCCUCCAGGAAAGGUCUUCGCCGUUCCCAACGCCAUUCACGCCAGACAUUCUGAAACCUCUACAUACGACACUCGCUGCACGUGUCGCCGAGCUGACGCUGACGGCGUACGAGGCUUCUCUUGCCACUUCGAUAAAGGAUAUUUCUCGAACACACAUCUUAUGGGAAGGGCAUCCACCGUUACCGAGCCAGCCUUCGCCCGGUACCUUCAGGUUUUUACGAGAGCUGAACAAAGCCAUGGCGCGCAUGGGCAGCGAUCUCUGGGCUCCUGCUUGUGUCGCGGUCGUUAAAAGCAAAAUGUCCACUGACGUUGUUCGCCUUCUAGAAAAGCAUGUUGAAACUAUCAAGAACUCCAAGCCGCAGAAGGAAGCCAAAGCUGCUGCAGAGGGUGAAGUGUCAAAUGAAGCUGGCGGCCAGGAGAAAGACACCGACGCCAGCGUCAUCAAUGCGUCAGCCUCCACUCCAGACGACAAAAUCACAGAUCAAAGGUUGAAGCAACUGCUAUUCGAUGCGCUGUACAUGCAGCGCUUCUUCAGUGUUGAUACCAAAUCCUCACAAACCACGGAUGACUUGAUCAGAAAAGCCGAUGUGGCAGAUCUAGACGAAGCCGCAGUCCAGAGGCUGAGGAAGAACGCUGUGGAGUACACGAAGAAGACGUAUCUGCUAUUUGCUCUGCUGGCUUGA